AUGCGGACUAUGGACAGGAUUCCUUACCUGCUAGUUAUAGUUUUGCUUCACGUCCAGGGGUAUGAAAGUUUUUCUCAAUGUUUGCGGGGGUGUAGCUGUAUAGAAGACCGUCAUGGCAGGUCUCUCAUAUGCAUGGAGGAGAAUGCAUUCGGGGCCAUACCGGAGAAUAUUCCUCAUGAUAUGACCAAAAUCCGAAUAGAAAAAUCCCAUUUCACCGAAAUCAAGCGCGGAGCUUUCUCCAGAACACCUGCCUUGGAGAACUUGUGGUUGAACUUCAACGACAUUACCCUGAUCAACUCUAAAGCUCUGGAAGGUUUGCGGAAUCUGACUGAGCUCCGUCUGCAAGGGAACAAGCUGCGCUCUGUGCCAUGGACGGCGUUCGAGGAUGCCCCGGGCCUGAAGAUCCUAGACCUGAAACACAAUCAACUGGAUGUCCUGCCGGAGCACGCGUUAAAAAAUUUGCCCGAUCUGACUUACUUAGACUUAUCCUUCAAUCGGCUUACGGUCAUAUCCAAGGAGGUCUUCCAAAACUGGCCCCUGUACCAAAAACUGCAGAACACGGAGGAGGGAGAGGCGAGCUCCUCUGGGCCGAACGUUGUCCUUGCGCUACACGACAACGCCUGGCUGUGCGACUGCCGGCUCAAGGGCUUCGUGGAGUUCAUCCGCUCCCUCAGCCCCCCGAUUAUUCUGAUGAACUCCUACUUGACCUGCUCCGGGCCGGACUUUAGGGCAGGCAAGUUCUUUCAUGAGGUCGAGCUCCAGGCCUGCGCCAAACCAGUGGUCACCACCCCGUCGGCCAAUGUCAGCUUGCCCCUGGGUGCCAACGUCACGCUGCGCUGCCUCGCCAAGGCCCGGCCAGACCCUGCGGUGUGGUGGACAUAUGGUCUGAAGAUAAUCAGAGGAUUUCAUGAGUCUCAGGAGAGAGUGGAUGAAGACACUAUCAGGUCCCUCUUGGUCAUCCCUUUGCUCCGUACGGCCGACCGCGGCGUCUACACCUGCAGUGCUGUCAAUUUCAUCGGAAACUCCUCAGCAAGCAUCCAGCUCGACAUUCUCUCUCCUGACGGCUACCAGUCACCAUCCCUUCCUGGUUUGCUGGCAGAAGACGAGAACGUUUAUAUCGACAUCCGCAUCGCCAAACAGACGGUGCGCGGCAUCUCCAUCGAGUGGUUCGCUGUCUUGGAUCACCCCGACCAAACGUGGUUCACCAUCCAUUUGGGCCGCGCCAACGGCGACAAGAAGGAGACCAUCUACAUCGGCCCUGGCAUCCGUUCGUACUCCGUAUCUGACCUAAUGCCUGCCACCAAAUACGAGAUCUGUGUGACGCUCAAGAACCGGACGCCACGCCCUGGCCAGUGCGUGGUUUUCGUCACAGGAAGCGACAUCACUGAAAUGGAGCAGCGAGAGAAGCUGAUCCACAUUGUGGUAAUCGUCCUCGCCAUGGUGUUGGCCGUACCCAUCGGCAUGUACGCCUGCACUACCGACACUAAGUUCUCCUGUCUGGAGGGCUUGAUGGCAUUUUGGAAGAAGCGGCGCGGAGAGAGGGGAUCGGGCGGCUUGGAACGCGAGAGGCAAGGCACCUUCGACAGCCUGCAGGCGGCCAGCGACGAGAGCCUGAUGCGGAAAGAGUCCAGUGAGGACAGGAAGGUGAGGCGGAGAUCAGAUGACAGGCCGAUUAAGGGCAAGGCCGACCCCAGCAGAAUCACUGCAGAACUUUACUAA